CGUACUUGGAAAACUUAGUGUUACCAAAAUUGACAACAAAUUCCACAUGCAUCCCUGAUCCAUCGAUCUAUAAGAGCCCUAUAGCUAACUAAAAGCCUAAAACCGGAGGCAUACCUAGCAUGGCGACGCCCAACCAAGAAGACGAGCUCACCAUGAGCACCGACGAGUUCCUGGAAGCUCAGGCGGAGCUGUACCACCACUGCAUCGCCUUCGUCAAGUCACUGACGCUCAAGGCUGCCACAGACCUUGGCGUCGCCGACGCCAUCCACCGCCGCGGAGGCGCCGCCACCUUGUCUGACCUCGCAUCCGAGACCGGCGUCCACCCCACGAAGCUCUCCAACCUGCGGCGCAUCAUGCGCGUGCUCACCGCCUCCGGUAUCUUCUCCGUCCAGCACAGCGACGUCCUCAGUGAUGAUGACGCCGUGUAUAAGCUCACCCGUGUCUCCCGGCUCCUCGUCAAGAGCUCGAGCUACCCGCUAUCUCCGGUGGUGCCCGUGCUCGUUGACCCGUUCGCCUGGUCCGCGCUCCUCAGAAUGCCGGAGUGGCUCGCCACCGACGAGCGCGCGUCGCUGUUCGACCUCGCGCAUGGUUGCCCAUUGUGGGACACGACCGUGGAGGACGGCGGCCUGUUCAAAGACGGCAUGGCUGCAGACAGCCGCGUCUCCAUGCAGGUCCUGCUGGCGCGGUGCGGCGGGGUGUUCGAGGCCGUGCGCAGCUCGCUGGUCGACGUCGGUGGCUCCCAUGGCACCACCGCAGCCGCGGUCGCGAAAGCGUUUCCGCACAUCAAGUGCACCGUGCUGGACCUCCCUGACGUCGUCGCCGGCGCUCCUGCCAACGACGCAGCCGUGACCUUCGUCGCCGGCGAUAUGUUCGAGUAUAUCCCACCAGCGGACGCUAUUCUACUCAAGUGGAUUAUGCAUGAUUGGAAGGACGAAGAUUGCAUCAAGAUAUUGCGUCAGUGCAAGGAAGCAAUCCCAUCGAGAGAUGCCGGAGGAAAAGUGAUAAUUAUUGAAACGGUGGUCGGUUCUGGAUCUCCGGGGGCUCAACAAAUCUUCUCCAAGGAGGCACAGGUUUUGAUGGAUGUUUUUAUGAUGUACAUUGAUGGGAUCGAGCGAGAGGAGCAUGAGUGGAGUAAGAUUUUCUUUGAAGCCGGGUUCAGUGACUAUAAAAUUACACCAACAAACGGAGUUCUAUCGGUUAUCGAAGUGUACCCUUAGAUUUACCUAUCCCGGUCUACUAUGUUGUAAUCUUUACAAUUUAAUGCAAAUGGCGCAUUUAUUAUCUUAUUAA